UAGUGUGAUUUCAUAAAUUUGUCUAUUUUUGUUUUCUAUAUUUAGUUUUGGUAAUUCACAAAAAUAAUUUUAUAGUUAAAUUUAGAAUUAAAAUAUAAAAUAUAAAUAUAAAAAAUAUAUACAGUAAAUUCAUAAUUUAGACCUCUGUUUAGAUCCUGAUUAUUUUGUCUAGUCGAUAAUCUUAUAUAAAUCGUCUAAGUUGCCGCAUAAACAUUUUCUGAACAAGGGUAGAUGUGGUGAGAUUCAUUUAUGAGAUUGAUUCUAACUUGUUUUCUAAUGAAAGAGACGUUGACAGACAAUGGGCCGGAUUAAGCCCAAUAGGAGAGAUCUAUACCCAGAAGAAUAUUGUAGUAACACAGACAAGGCUUUGAAGUUUGAACUAAACUGUUUUCUUGUGGAGGUGGUUUUGCCCAAGUCAGAAGGUAGCAGUUGCUUCCAUCGGAAAAUCAACUACGGCUUCUUCCUUGUCGAAAUCUAUUGGGUGAAUUAUGAAUUGCGAAGUUUGUCAGCUGAAGGAACUGGAAGUGGAAUCCUUCGAGAUACGCGAGGUUCUACGCUGCAUUUUACAUACUAUUGUCUUUCACCGUGCACUCGGUCUUAUCCGCCCUAAAGAUAUUGAUUUGGAGCUCUUUGAGAUCACUUAUGUACAAUGUGGUGAAAUAGAGGUGGAAAAGAAGAUUGAUGAGACGAUAGAGCACUUCAUAAGCUGGAUUGAUAAACACCCCAACAAGAGAAGUCCGAUAUGUGUAUCCUUUUAUGAAGUCAAAAGCAAACAACCGUCUUGGUUCAAUAACAAACAACGUUCCUAUUGGGAACAAUGGUACGUCAAUCUCAAUGUUCUUCACCAGACUAAAUCCCCUUCCCACCACUCCAAACUAGUUAUGGACACUGGAGAGGCGAAUGAGGAAAGAAGUUCCCGCAGGACACUGCUUGAGCAAUCCCUUCAAGAAGUCUUGUUUCAAAUCAUAAAAUUCGUGAAUGAGAAAAAGGACCACGUUCCUCCAAUCAACGACGGUGUAAUCUACUGCCCUUUUGAGAUCACUAUGCCAAGGUGCAACGAUCCUUAAGGACAUAGAUGAGUUGAAGUCUUGAUUCAAAUCCAACUUUCUUUUUGUUUCAGCUCAUCAGACUCAACCUUUGGGAUGGAUAUUUUCAAGAGGAUGCUCCACAGUGGUGGCCAUCCAUCGAUGCUCAGUUGAUUCAACAUCAUCCCCUCAAAAACUUAAUUAGUACAUAUACGGAUACACUUGAUGUUACUUGGUCCAAUCAUCCUCUGUAUAUAAACAUUACGACUAUUAUACACAUGCCUCUGAAGUUGUUGAUAGAUAAUGUUGUGGAAGUGAUAUAAACA